ACGACGGGAAUGAUGGGGUUGAGGAGCAGAGGGAGUGGGGAGCAGAGCGGAGUGACUCAGGGACGGGUCCCAAUGUGUGGAUGGAGGAGCUGGGAGGCAGUAACGGUCACUCCACUGUGUGUGGGAUGUACUGGGGGUGUCAGGAUACACGGUGCAGGAGAGGGCUGGACCAUUGGUGUCACCAGAGACUGGUGACGGCCGUGCACUUCCCUCUGCUCCCAUCCCGCAGAGAUGCUGGAUUAUUUCCACACUACACCCACUGUCUGUCCACACUUUAUUACAGAUCCAGCCUCCGUUCUAACUGAGGAAGCCCAGGAAACAGCCGAACCCCAGGAAACAACAGCUGAACCCCAGGAGGAUGUGUUCACCGUCCCAGAACCAGAUACAAGCUCAGAUCCCCAGAUGUCCACAGUGGAACAGACCCAGGGAUCAUCGACUGGAGAAUCCGUCCAGGAACCGGCUUCUAUCCCAGUGGGAGACACAUCCUCAGAUCCAGCCUCCAACACCAGGCUGCUGGUGCAGGAGCAACAUGUGGCUCAGGAGUUGCCUCUGAGUAUCUCUGGUCUGGACAUUUCCGGCUGA